UAGUUGUGAGUAUAGAAAAAAGAACAAAACCAAUCACUUCCCUUAUUUAAGUUAUUUUUUGUAGCAUAGCUUAUAGUAGCAAUUGACAUUUAUUAGCACUGAGUAACACGCCCGAAUAUGGCACCCUCAAUCUCCGACGAAAUGCCAAGCACCACCACCUCUCUCCUCCGCCGCAACCGGUGGCUCCCCUCCAGCAUCAAACUGAAAACAACCCUUUUCUCAGAACUCUCCGGCGCGGUGGGUGACCUAGGCACCUACAUCCCCAUAGUUCUAGCCUUAUCCUUAGUGAACAACUUGGACCUCACCACCACACUGGUCUUCACUGCUCUCUACAACAUCGCCACCGGUCUCCUCUUCGGCCUCCCCAUGCCGGUCCAGCCCAUGAAGUCCAUCGCCGCCGUCGCCAUCUCCGCAGCGCCCCCCCUCACCAUCCCCCAAAUCUCGGCCGCUGGCCUCUCCGUCGCCGCCGUGCUCCUCCUCCUCGGUGCCACCGGCCUCAUGUCCGUCCUCUACCGCUACCUCCCCCUCCCCGUCGUCCGCGGCGUCCAACUCUCCCAAGGCCUCUCCUUCGCCUUCUCCGCCGUCAAAUACAUUCGCUACGACCAAGACCUCGCCAAAUCAAAAUCCGGUCCCCCCCGCCCCUGGCUAGCAGUCGACGGCGUCGCCGUCGCCCUCGCCGCCGUCCUCUUCCUCGUCCUCACCACCGGCGCCGGCGACGAGCCACCUCCACCACCACCACAACAACAAGAAGAAGAAAUCGACGAUCGCCGUGAAAAAGUUCGGCGGAGGUUGAGGGUUUUGUCUACGAUUCCGGCGGCGCUAAUAGUGUUUUUGUUCGGCUUAGUGUUGUGUUUUAUUCGUGACCCUUCGAUUUUCGGAGAUCUUAGGUUUGGGCCUUCGAGGAUUUCUUUGAUUAAGAUUACAUGGGAGGAUUUGAAGAUUGGGUUUGUCAGCGCCGCAAUUCCGCAAAUACCGUUAUCCGUUUUGAAUUCCGUUAUCGCGGUAUGUAAGCUGUCCGGGGAUUUGUUUCCCGAACGUGAGGCUUCGGCGAUGCAUGUUUCGGUGAGUGUGGGGCUUAUGAAUUUUGUAGGGUGUUGGUUCGGAGCCAUGCCUUGUUGCCACGGGGCUGGUGGUUUGGCGGGACAGUACAGGUUCGGGGGUAGGAGUGGUGCUUCGGUGGUGUUCCUUGGGAUUGCAAAGUUGGUGCUUGCUUUGGUGUUUGGAAACUCUCUUGGCAGAAUUUUGGGUCAGUUUCCUAUUGGGAUUCUGGGAGUGCUUUUGUUGUUUGCGGGAAUUGAGUUGGCUAUGGCUGCUAAGGAUAUGAACACUAAACAAGAGUCGUUUGUUAUGCUUGUUUGUGCGGCUGUUUCUCUCACUGGAUCAAGUGCUGCCUUGGGGUUCUUUGUUGGCAUUGUGCUUUACUUGCUCUUGAAAUUGAGGGAGGUUGAAUGUAGAGGGUUUGGCUUUUGUGGAUCAAACCACACCAAGUCUUCUCUUGAGGACGAACAAGCUAGCUUGAUUGCCUAGACAACAAUUUGAUUCACAUUUUGCAAAUUGAAGUAGCUUGCUUAAUGUACUACUACUAUAUAUGUGCAAUUAUUUGCAAAUUGGCUUUGGUCCAGAAAAUGAUCACCAAUGUUGUGAUCAUGUGGGAAAUCUUGUGUGAUAUGUAUUAGUGUAAUGCUUCAAAAAUAGAGUGAACAAUAUAUGUGUAGUUAACUAGUUAUAGAUAUUGGAUAGAGUUCUUCAUCCAUUUGAAUAAAGGACUUUUGCCGAACUACAAGGUAAUGGAUUGUUGGAAACAUCCGAAGGUGGUUGAAGAUACUUUUAGGACUUCAUAGUCUAUAUGUAAUUCAGUGUUUUGGAUUUUGGAUGUACUCGCUUUAAGGAUGCUCUCUCUGAACUCUCUAGCUCAAAGGGAUUGUUGUUUGCUCAUUACUUAAUUAAAAAAUUUGAGAUUCAAUUACAAA